UGCUGGGGACUGGGGCCCUCUCCUGGUGGCAAGAAACCGAGAGGAAAAGGAGGAGCUGUUCGUCGGUGUUGUUCCCUUAGACAGAGGAAGCGAGAGAGAGCGUGCUCAGCUGUGCACUGGAGCUGCCCAGGAACAUGGCGUCGGCAACGGAACCUGCUUCCCUUGCACACUUGCACACCAGCAGCGGCGGCGGCGCCCCAGGGUCACUGCCUGCUGGGGGUGCGGUGCCAGUGCUUUUCUGCUUCUCGGUGUUUGCCCGGCCCUCCACUGUGCCUCACGGCGCGGGCCACGAACUGCUCAUCCAGAAGUUCCUGAGCCUUUACGGCGACCAGAUAGACAUGCACCGCAAAUUUGUGGUGCAGCUCUUUGCCGAGGAGUGGGGCCAGUAUGUAGACCUGCCCAAAGGCUUUCUAGUGAGCGAACGCUGCAAAGUUCGCCUGGUUCCCUUGCAGAUCCAGCUCACCACACUGGGAAAUCUUACACCUUCAAGCACUGUAUUUUUUUGCUGUGAUAUGCAAGAAAGAUUCAGACCAGCCAUCAAGUAUUUUGGUGAUAUCAUUAGUGUAGGACAAAGAUUGUUGCAGGGGGCACGGAUUUUAGGAAUUCCGGUUAUUGUAACAGAGCAGUACCCCAAAGGUCUUGGCAGUACUGUACAAGAAAUUGAUUUAACAGGUGUUAAACUGGUGCUUCCGAAGACUAAAUUUUCCAUGGUAAUACCAGAAGUAGAAGCAGCAUUAGCAGAAAUUCCUGGAGUCCGUAGUGUUGUCUUAUUUGGAGUAGAAACUCAUGUGUGCAUUCAGCAAACAGCUCUGGAAUUGGUUGGCCGAGGUGUCGAAGUUCACAUUGUAGCUGAUGCCACUUCAUCAAGAAGCAUGAUGGACAGGAUGUUUGCUCUUGAGCGUCUUGCUCGUACUGGAAUAAUAGUUACUACAAGUGAGGCGGUGCUGUUACAGCUGGUAGCUGACAAAGACCAUCCAAAAUUCAAGGAAAUACAGAAUCUAAUUAAAGCAAGUGCCCCAGAAUCUGGUCUACUUUCCAAAGUGUAGGAUUUUAAAGGAUUGGCUACUAAUCUACCCUAAAUAAGAACAAAAUCAUAAACAUAGAUGUGCUGUCUUCUCACAUGUACUGCAACUGAAAUGUUAAAAACUGACUACUUUUUUUGCUUGUCUUCACAAAAUUGAUUUGAUUAGUCUAUUUGGGUACUAGUAUUUGGUCACAAAAAUCAGGGGUUUUCAGUGUUUGUUAUUUAUUUCUUUCCUUCAUUUCAUCAUUGUUCUUUCAUCUUUAAAACACUAUACUUGUCCCUAUUUGUUGUAACAGCUCUUAAAAGUUCAUACUUCUGUGAAAUUUCUCAAUUGGGCACUUUGUUAAUAAUAAAAAGUACCUGUGAGUGGUUUCACUUCUGACAUUAACAUAAGAUUUAUAUAUAAAUGUCAUAUGGAUUCCAUGUUUUCUCACAAUGUAAACUGAUUAAAUGAAAAUUAUUUUAAAAGAA